AUGGCUCGUCACGCAGAGGAAGAACGGGAUGCGUCAAAGAAUGCUAAACAGCACCGCUCAGCAGAACGAAAGACCGAUGUGGAAGUGGAACCUACCAAGAAGCACAGCACUAAAGAAAAGUUUCACAAGGAAGAAGGGAAGGAUAAGCGCAAAGAGAAGUCAAAAGACGAAAAGCGAGAGAGCAGGCAUCGAGACGAGAGCGGUAAGGAGACGCGAAGGAAUGGGUAUGAGGACAAGGAUGCUCGUGAGGAAGUUAGAGCAGCCGCUAGGAGCUCCAAUCGGCAAGAACAGCUGGAGGACAAGAGGGAGGACAGAACUGGGGACAAGAGCCAAAGGGAACAUAGGAGGGAAGGCUCAAAAGACAAGAAGGAUGAUGAUAGAAGUCCUCUAGAACCACAGAAGACCAAUGCUGUCGAGGGAGAAAGAAGGAAGGCGAGCAAGGAGCUCAUGUGUGAAGUUUGCGAGCAUAGAGAAGCCACAAUGUGGUGCGGUGACUGUGGGGACAUCUUCUACUGUAGAAAGUGUGCGGAUGCCGAUCAUUCUAGGGGGAAGAGAAAGGAGCAUCUGCCCCUUCGAACAGCAGAAAAGGCGCCCCAGCGUGCAGCCACAAAAGUGGUCAAGUGCGAGGAGCAUGGAGAGAUACUGCGGGCUUAUUGCGAGACGGACAGGAAGGCCGUUUGCAGCCUGUGUCUUCACAUUGGAAACCAUAAGGGCCAUUCCGCAGUCGAGCUUGACAAAGCUGUUCGAGCUGCAAGAGACUCCAUCCGCAAGGAAGCUGGGGACCUUAUUCUGGAGCGCCAGAAGGUGGACACAUUCUUGGACGAAAUGGAGGAGAUGGCUGAGUCGUUGAAGAAGAACGGGGCGGAGCUUAGAGAACACCUGCGGACUGCAUGCGACUCGUUCAGAGCAGUACUUACGGAGAGAGAGGCGGCGCUUCUGGUUCAGGUCGACGAGCGCGAAAGUGAGAAGACGAGUAUCAUCGGUCGACAGAGGGCGCGGUGGAAGGACACAGUCACCGAGGUCAAUAAGGCUCGGGACCUGGCUGAAGCAGCUCUCAAGGAAGCUGACCCAGUUGUGCUGCUGAAGAAGCGGGACGCCUUCGAGCAGCAGGCGCACGCCCUCCGCAUCGCGGCCGCGCGCCGCAGCGCGACGCCCGCUACCACCGCGUCCCUCGACCUGGCCCUGGAAGCGGACCCUUUCAUCAAUCUCAUACGGGAGUCUCUAGUGUUCAGCUCUAGCGCAUCGGCGAACAGGGCCUCCAGCGUGAUCGCGCGGCUGCAGCAGGCGCAGAGUCAGAAAGCGAGCCUGACGGACAACACAGUGGUCGUCCUCCCAAGAGGCUGCUUGGAGGUCGCGCACGUCUCGCCCAACCUCGCCACCAAUCACGACUCGUCCUCACCGGACGCCUGGAUCGGACGGCUGUGGGAGCUCCGGGAACACGUGGCCGCAUUUGAGGCGUCCAAAGCCGCCGCCUUGGAGCUCUCCAGAACGAAGCGCAAGGGGAGACGAGAUCAGCCCGAGAAAGAGAACGACACCGCAAUAAAAGCGGCGAUGAAGAUCCAAGCUCGGUGGCGGGGGGCAAGUCUCAGGAAAGCGAACUCGUUGGAAGUGCUUAAGGCCUUCCGGGGAUGUGGGGUCAGGGGGAGUGUCGUCUACACGCCGGAAGGAGACUCGAGCGAUGGCGCUGACGAGCGAUACGUCAAGACACUUGCCAACUUGGGCUGCUUGGUCGUGCUUGCCGGUCGCCAAGCGGAAGCCCCGGGAAAGCGCGCCCCUUCUUUAUCGACACGGAACCCGUCCGGUCCUUCGCCGCUCGAAGCCUGGCUUGAAGCGCAGGACCAUGCGGACGAUUCGGCCGUCCGAGAAGCCAAGGCGGUGGCCCAGAUCAGCCACCUGGUAAAGGCCCUGCCUGCCUGCAUCAGGCAAAGCGGCGUUUUCUUGAUGGGCCACGGUCGAGGCGGGGAGCUUUUGUCCCGUGCCGAAAUGCAGAGAUCCCUCCGCGAGCUGGUGACCGGGACAAUUCUCUCCGGUUGCAGCCAGCUUGGGACGGGGUUGGCAGGAAACGUCCUUGCUCUGGAUUUCAAAGCAAGCGAGGCCACUCCAGCCUCAUUCGAAGUCCUUCUUGCCGGCAACGUUGACAGCGGCCUCACCGCCACGCUGCCCGCUGACUUCCUGGAAGACGUCUCUACUUCGAAAGACGGAAUCCUCCGCGAGCUGCUUCUGACGUUCCUGUGCAAGCCCCAGCGGAUCCACCUCCUGGACAAGCUGUGGGAAACGGAACCGCACCUGGCCAAACAGCUGACUGUCACCGGGCGAAAAGGAAAUGUGCUGUCAGUAAGCAUCCAACCAACCGGCCGGACCACGCGUCACAAACGGAACGGAGCGCUGGCACCGGAAAGCGCCCCCAAGAGCGGAUCCCCUGCCAAAGAGGACCCGAAAGCGGGUGCUAACGGUUCCAAAUUGUUAGAGCGAUCUGGGUCGAUCCGUAAGCCGCAGCCCGUGAGCGAGGCACUUCCGGCGCAAUAUGGUUCCGGGGAGCUUCAGAAGCGGACGGAACCAGAAGCGGUGGAGACGAGCGGAGCGCCGAAGAACGAGGGGCCGUUGGCGGAAGUCGGGGCCAGUAGUCCCUCGCAAUUGCCUUCUUCUACGUCCGGGGCAAACCUUACCCAAAGUCUCAACCGAAACCCAAACCCAAACCCAAACCCGACUCAAGCUUCGUCUAGCAAUCACCCCGGUUCCGCCCUUCCGGUUCCGGCGCCACCUUCCGCAACAGCCCUGAAUUCCCGGGCACCCACUCAGCCAGGGAGUACUUUCCUCUCAACCCAACCGGGGCCCCCUGAGACCACGCAACCGGGCGCGAGCCUCUCGUCCCGACCUUCGUUCAGCUCUUCCCGACCUCCCUUAGUGGGCUCGUCUUACACGACUCCAACGGCUCCAAACCCCGCGGUUUCUCCCAACCCCACAGGCGCUUACGCGCCUUCGACGGCGGCUUCUUCGCUCAUGAGCGCCUUGGGUAGCUCAGCAUACGGACGAAGCGCGGCCGACGCGGCCGCGGCGCGCGUUCCCGCAGCCCAGCAGCCGCCUUUAAACGGGGCGUAUGUCCCGGGUGCUUCGGCUGGGCGACUCGGGCAGCCGGGAACGGCGCCGUCCGCGGGUUUGCCCGGCGACCAGGGAGCACCGAGAAAUGGAAUGACGAGAUAA